CACAGGAGAAGAGGCUGGACCGAGGCCAAAAGAAGCUAAAGGGCUGUUGUCAUGGUUACCAAAGCAGGAGUGUAAUUGGGGCGUUUCCCAUGUUUUAGAGAAAGUGCUGUAAAUGAACCUCUUAUCUAAUGUGUCGCAACAAUAUCAGCCUCUUUCGUCCUCAUUCGUGUAACUCACAGGAAAACUCUGGCAUAUUCACAUGCCGGUCUCCUGCCUGCGAUUAGACUCCAAAUCUGGCUCAUUCUUGCCAACAUUCCUUAGUGGACCUCACUGUUGUGUGGAAGAGGGCUCCAUCGCUGCAUGAAAACACUGGACUCAGAGGAGGGACGGCAGCAGCGCAGACACACUUUUCCCUGUGAUGUCCUGAAACUUUCAUCCUGUUCACUUCUGAGGAACAGCCAGAAAAGGAAGUAUUGGAGUCGGGAAGGAGCAAAGGCCUCAUCCAUCACUCGCAGACAACCAAAGAAAUCUGAGGAGAAACAAAAACUGACCUGGGAAUUACUUUGAUUUUUUUAAACCUUCCGAAAUGGACCAAUUACCCAACAGUCCUCGCGUGCGCUUGGACAGCACAAGCAGCUCAGCCUCUCAGAACUCCCGGUCCAAAGCGGUCCUCCGCCAGCGCCUGGCCCAGCUGAUGAACUGCGUAGAGGACAUGAGCUCUGACGACGAGGCUGGCGAAGAAGUGUCCCGCACUCUGGACGAGGCCUUCCAGCUCUGUGGGGGAUUCAUUCCCUCCGACGCAUUCAGGCUGCACAUUGUCACCUGGAACGUGGCCACUGCAGAGCCCCCGGAAGAUGUCACCUCUUUGCUUCAGCUUGAUGUCCAGCCGCCAUCAGACCUCUUUGUGAUUGGCCUGCAGGAGGUAAACGCCACCCCGCUGAGAUUCAUCUCCAACCUGAUAGUGGAGGAUUCCUGGAGCCACCUUUUUAUGGACACGCUGGCACCCAAAGGCUUAGUAAAGAUCACAUCAGUGAGGAUGCAGGGUUUGCUGCUGCUAGUUUUUGCCAAGCAAACACACCUCCCUCACAUCAGAGACGUCCAGACCACCUACACCCGCACCGGCAUCUUUGGCUACUGGGGUAAUAAAGGAGGAGUGUCUGUGCGUUUCUCCUUCUAUGGCCACAUGUUGUGCUUCCUGAAUUGCCACCUUGCAGCUCACAUUCAAAACGCUCUGCAGCGCGUCGAUGAGUUUGAGUACAUUCUGGACACGCAAGACUUUGACUUUUACGACACUCCUCAUGUCCUGGACCACAAGGUGGUCUUCUGGUUUGGUGACCUGAACUUUCGUAUUGCAGACCACGGCUUGCACUUCCUCCGCUCGUCCAUCAACAGCGAGCGCUUUCAUUUGUUGUGGAGCAAGGAUCAGCUCACGAUGAUGAAGAAGAACGAGCCCUUCCUGCAGGAGUUUGAGGAGGGUCCGUUAAAUUUCAAACCCACGUACAAGUUUGGACGUAAAUCUGAUGAUUAUGACACCAGCUCUCCAAAGACGUUGUUGGGUCUGAAUGGCAAAAAGAGAAAACCGGCCUGGACAGAUCGGAUCCUCUGGAGGAUCAAACCCAAACACCUGCCCUCAGAGGAGGAAGAUGAUGAGGGUGAUGAAAGUGAAAGGGCAUCAACCUCCACACAUAAUGACCAGGAUGAAUACCCAGUCCUGGUCACCCAGAACACAUACACCAGUGACAUGAGCUAUGGAGUCAGCGACCACAAGCCUGUGCUUGCAAACUUCACUCUGGAGCUGAGGAAAUGCUUCGACACGCCACUGGUAAACAUUUCUCCCGUGGGGGUGUGGAGCGCAGACCAGAAUGCACUUCUCACUUAUAUCGUCCAAGAGGACUUCAUGUCAUCCUUGUGGGACUGGAUUGGACUGUACAGGGUUGGAUUCAAGACCGUGAUGGAUUAUGAAAGCUUCGUCUGGGUCAGAGAGAACGAGCUGCCGGAGGUUAAUGAAGAGAUACAGAGAUGUGUGGAUAAGGAUGCAAUCCCGCUGCUUGGUGGAGAAUACGUUCUGGGUUACUACAGCACAAACAUGAACUCCAUCAUCGGGCUCAGUGACAACUUCCAGAUUCUGGAGUCAAAGCGGGCCGCUGUGGAAGGUCCCGAGCUUGAAGACACCAAUGGACUCAACAAAUAAAAACAAAUUUAAAAACACCUUGGGGUGCAUGGAUGUAAUUCUGAUUAAACCCUGAGGACCCUGUCACUAAACAAUGCCUGAUCAUCUCUAAAAUUGGCUGGAGACAACAAUGUAUCAACAUGCCUCUUAGAUGCACUUCUGCUGAAAAUAGAUUUGUAAUUUAGAAAAUAAUUGGAAAUAAAAAUGGUCAUUGUGUUCAUUUUCAUCCUGUCGAAACAAAAAAUAAAACGGUUACUAAAUAGUAUUGUAGUAUUCAGUUCAAUAUAUUUACACUGUUAUUAGUGCCAGAGAUGGUUUAUGUAAUAAAUGUGAAAAAUGUCAGUGAGUCAUAAGAAAUCCUUACAUUGAAUUCUGUGUUUAGGUUGAUUCACUUUUCACAUGCUGUAUUAAUAAAGAAACAAUGAUCUGGAAUGGGUAUAAUGACUGGUAAAUUACCAAAAACGCAUGACGUUAAUCAUACUUGCCAUGACACGUGGCAAAGGACUAAGUACAAACAUUUCUUUUCAACCUUUUUUUACAUUAAAAAAUCAAUUCUAAA